AUGCGAAGUCGACGCCCUUGGAGCCGGAAGGCGGAGCAGGCGGCGAACUUGUUUGCUGGAGCCGUGAGCGCAGCCCGGCUGGGCCAGUCACCAGCUUCAAAUCCAGCGUCAACAAUCUACACGCAUCGAAUCGUGCCCAUGAAGUCUAGCUCGGAAGCUCUGGAUGUGCACAUGUUGACAAAGGGCCCAGGCUCGGAUAAAGCCCGAGCCGAUCUCGGGGCGGCGAGCAACGACGGCAGCACGGCGGCCCACCGGGCAGCCCAUAAUGGCCACGAAGGCGUCCUCCGACUGCUGCAGGAGGCCCGGGCCAACCUGGAGGCCCGCGACGAGCAUGGCUGGACACCGGCGCACGAUGCAGCACAAGAGGGCCAGGAGGCCGCGUUGCGGCUGCUGCAGGAGGCCGUCUAUCUUAGCCCCCUUGCAAGAUUGUCUCCCUCAAAGCCUUGCAAAAAGAAACUUUGUCUUGGGAGCCGACGGAAUGCCGGAAUGCGUCCUGAAAUCGCUUGGCGGCAGUUGUUUCGAAUUUGUGUUUCCAUGGUGGAGAGCUUCCAGGGCUCCUUGGUCGUCGUGGUGAUUGCGGUGCUCUGUCAACUCACGCAGUCAAGAGCCUUGAAGCUUUCGAGCCAAAUCGACGCUGCAUGA